AUGCAUGCACUCUCAUUGCUUCUGCUGCUGCAGCACCAGCAGCAGCAGCAGCAGCACCACCAUCAGCAGCAGCAGCAGCAGCAGCAGCAGCAGGAGGAGCAGCAGCAGCAGGAGGAGGAGGAGGUUCUGGUGUAUCGUGUCUGCAUGCGUUUGCUUUGGUUUGUUUUUGUGCCAGAUACUACUGCAGCAGAAGAACAGCAAACGGUGCAGCAACGAACUGUACAUGUUGAGCUGCCUAUACACCCCAAUAAAGAUAAACCACGAAACCACCACACCUGCUGCGACGACCAACUCGCGCUGCUGCCCCCCCAAACUGCAGCAGCAGCAGCAGCAGCAGCAGGAGAUGAAGCAGAAGCAGACGGAGGAGAAGCAGCAGCAGAUCACCUGCCUUUGAAAACAGAGACGCAGCAAGGGGAAGAGGAGGCAGAAAUGCCAGCAGCAGCAGCAGCAGCAGCAGCAGCAGCAGCAGCAGACACUUGUUACGAGCAGCAGCAGCUGCAGCAGCAGCAGCUGCAGCAGAAAGGAGACAAACUGCAGCACAAACCAACAGCAGCAGGAGACAAACAGCAGCAGGAGAUGAGCAGCUGCAGCACGAGACCAGCAGCAGCAGCAGGAGACAAGCAGCAGCAGCAGACACCGUCAGCUGCAGCACAGAAAGGAGCAGGAGGAGACAGUGAGCUGCAAAAGGAGACAAUUAGCAGCAGCAAGAGACAGCAGCAGCAGGAGGAGACAAUCAGCAGCAGCAGCAGCAGCAGCAGCAGCAGCAGCAGCAGCAGCAGCAAGAGUUUCAAUGGAGGCUCCAAAGGAGCCCCAGCUGCAUGA